AUGAGCUGUGCCGAAGAAGAAGCAAAGGAAAUGGAGGCAAGUGGCACUUACGGAGAGGAGGAUGGCGAAUUCCUGGAUACGACCGGAGACUUGCGGCUCUGCGUGGCCCUCACUCCAUUCGCAGCAGGAGGAGGCCACGAUGGCGCUGUCUCAAGGAUACAGGAGGAGAGCGGCGUUCGGCUUUAUGUGGACGACAUGAUCCACGAGGGCCAUCAGCUUGCCGUGCUGGCCGGCACUCGCGAGCAACUUCUGGGAGGCCUUGAGCGCUUCAACGCGCUGGUGCAGGAACGGGUAGACGACGAAGAAUUUGUCGCCUGGGCUGACAUUAAGUUCUUCAAGCCUGUGCCAGAUCCAGGCCCUGCCACCAGCGAGGGACCUGGCAAUCAGAAAGUCCUCUUCGUGGGCGGUUUAUCCCAGCAGACGGAUCCCGCCAGCCUGGAGCGCUACUUCUCGAGGUUCGGCGAAGUCGUGGAGGCCGACGUGAAGAUGGACACACACACAAAGCGGUCCAAGGGGUUUGGGUUUGUGGCUUUUGCAAACGAGGCGUUGGCUGAAGCUUGCCUGGCGGAUCCAAAGGGCCAUGUCCUUGACGGCAAGCGCAUUGACGUCAAGCGAUAUGGAAGCACGGAGUCUGGAGCAGGUCAGCAGCAACGCGAUCGACGAGCAGAGGGCGUCCCACAGAGAGGCACGCAGCCGUCACAGGCACAAAGGGCGCCUCCAGAUGGCAGCAACCCCCGCGGCCGAGGUGCCAAGGGUGAUUCUGGACGCAUCCGAGCUUCUGGCGAUGAUCGCGUCCACAUCUCGGGUGCUCCGAGUCAAGUGGAGGCUUCGAGAAGUGCUGUCCUAGCAGACAUUAAGUGGUUCAGCGGAUUGGCGGAAUCUGUUCCAGCAGAAUACCUGAAUGAAGAGUACUGCAUUUCGUGCAGCUUGCCAAGCGCACGAUGCGGCGCUCUGAUUGGUCGUCGGGGUGAAAAUAUCAACGAGGUGGAAAGAAAGACAGGGGCAACCGUGCAGCUGGCCAAGAAAAACCAGGCCGACUAUCGAGAGUUGACGGUGACAGGAACGUUGAUUUCAGUGUAUGCAGCGCAUUUGCUGCUGAUGCGGGAUUACAAUGAAGCAACACGGGCUUCAGAAGCGCCGUCUGCCGCGGAGCAGAAGGUGCAGGCACUGGAACGGGAGAUUGCGAGCCUGAAGCAGCAGAUCCCAGGUCGCGCCAUGGCAAAUCGUUCCCACCGCUGA